AUGCAGGUAAAGGCUGUCAAGGUAAAGUGUGAGGAACAGCACAUGUGGAUGGCCGGACUUUUUACUUAUGUUUGUGUUUGUGUUUACGUUUUCAGCCCAGGCCGGACGAGGUACAAAAACGCGACAGACGGAGGGAGCAAAACAGAAGAGCCGCUCAAAAAUUCCGCAAGAAGAAGAAAGAAAGGGGGGGAGCAUCUCAUUGAGGAAACACAGAGGCUCGAGUGCCACAACACCACGCUGAGGUCGGAGAUCAAACAACUGCACGAGGAGCGCGAGCAACUCACGCGCAUCAUCCGGAGCCACGCCAGCGUCUGUCCUCUGACCCCGCGUCAGAGCCCUCUAACGGUCAUCCGGGAGAGCCCCCUACCCAUCCGGGAGUCGCCUCUCACCUUACCUUUAAGUUCCGCAUCCCUUCUCGCCCGGAGCCCCGUUAUGGGGAAAAGCCCCGUCGUGGUUCAGAGCCCUGUUUUGCUGGUCCCUCCAACACGGGAGAGCCCGGUGCCCUUGCUCAUCAUCAACCCAACAAGAGAGAGCCCAAUCCCAGCCCGGGUCAUCCCCAGCAGCCCUAUCCCAAUGUCAAGCCGACCAAGGAAAAGCCCAGUCUCCAUGCUACGCGUCAACCCGUCUCCCAUCCUCGGGGAAAGACUUGGAGACAAAAGCCCCAUCCCGUUCGGAUCUCCCCCCAAACAAAGCAAACACUCCAUCCCGCCUAGGCUCAACCUCGCGGGACCCAAACCCGUGGUCCCCAUCCUCCCCAAACCGGCAGCUCACAGCAGUCCCUCGCCUAAAACCCCCUUGAGCAUGAUCACCAGCCCUCUCCCCACCGCCCCUAGUCCCCAACAGCAGCGGCGUCUCCACCGGAAGCAGCGUCUUCAACAGCAACCCUCAAGGAACCACCCACCCUCAGGGAACUAA